CGCUUUCCCUUCUGCCGGAUCUGAACGAGGAGAAGAGCAGCCGCCGGAUCUGGACGAGGAUCGGAGGAGUUCGGGCAAGCAGCGGGUUGAGAAGCGAUGGAGGGAGGGAGCGAAGUAGUUCAACUCUUGGUCAGUCUCGCCCCCCCUCCCGCCCCCUUCUGACUUACGGAUUCCGCGAACAACUUUCUUCCACCUCGUGUCCUCCUCGCCUCACUUUUUCCGCAUUUCGACGCGUCCCUUUCUUUGCGUCCGCGCCGCCACCUUUCAACCAGCCUUUGCGCCUGACGGAGAUGAGGAUCAUCAUUACUACCACGACUGCUAUCCCCACUAACUUUCUCUCCCUUUUGGAAAGCAUCCCUCAACUUUGUGGGAUGAUUUAAAAAAAAAGAAAGAAACACCACAAAAAACGCUUCUUGGAAAAUAUUGCUUCCAACACGUCCCGUAUUCUUAAUAAUCGAAGGGAAAAGAAUCUUUUUUAAAGCGAUUCGAACAGCUCGGGGCGUAUUAAAAGGAAAAAAAGAAACACCUCCCCGCCCCCUCAUCAAUUGCUCCACUGCGUUUUAAAUGUCUGUGGCAGCUUUGCAUCUGUGGAAUGGAUCCUGGUCAAUUUCUUUCUUUCUUUCUUUCUUUUCCCCCCACCCCUGAGGUCAUUUGCGCUCCUGGGCUAACAGAUCUUCCGCAAAGGAUGGGUUUUCUGUAGUCCCUCGCGCGAAAUCUGUCAAGUUCUCUCCGGACUGUCAGGGAGGAUCAUAAUUCAUAAAGGGAGGGGGCUGACUUCGGGUUGCCCUACGGGGGGGAAAAAGGGGAAAGGGAAAAAUCCGAUCUGGAUCUAGGCGAGCGACUCCUUCGGCCCGGCCAUUCAUGUGAGCGUGAGAACGCCGCGAUCUCCGGUUGGUAAAGAGCGGCGAGCGCGAGGAGGCGUCGGGAUGGGGGAUACGGCGCCCCCUCAAGCCCUGGGUCUCCUCGGAGGCGGCGGCGGGGGAGGCUCGAUGGCGGCGGCGGCGGCGGCGGCGGCGCCCCCGCGGGUGCACAGCGCGAUCGUGGAGAGGCUCCGGGCGCGCAUCGCCGUUUGUCGCCAGCACCACUUGAGCUGCGAAGGGCGCUACGAGCGGGGCAGGGCCGAGAGCUCGGAUCGCGAGCGGGAGAACACCUUGCAGCUGCUGAGCCUUGUGCAGCACGGCCAGUCGGCCCGGAAGGGGAGCAAGCACAGCAAAGCGGCGGCGGCGGCAGGGGCGGCCGGCCACAGCGCCGCUGUGCCUUCUGCCAACGCCGCAGCGCCCCCUGCGACCGACUACUAUCCCCAGCAGCUGAUCAGCAACGGGACCGCUGGUGGCAGCAAUGGGAUCAACGGGGAACAACACAGCGCCGCCUCUGGGGGCGAGCCCAGGAAUCCAGCCCUGAUUGCGCUCCAGGGUUCCUUGAAGAGAAAACUGGUGGUAAAUCUGACCCCAGCCAAUAACAAGAGAUCAAAUGGUAUUGCUGACAACGCUUUCCUGGAUAUUAAGAGAAUCCGAGGUGGUGGUGAUCAUCUUUCCAUGGCACGUGGUCAGUGUGGUAACAGUUGCCAGUCAGCGUUGGGAUCAUUCACCAUUGGUCAAGGAGCUCCAAGGAAAAUGGACAGCUCAACAAGCAACAGUCAUGCUAGUGCAAAUGGGAUGUUUAACAUGGCUCUAAAGGAGGUCAAAAAAGAACCUGGGGAGACAAUCUCUUGUAGUAAACAUUUGGAUGGUCAGACAUCACAGAACACUGCUUUCCCUAACAGAUAUGGAGAAGACACAGGGGAACAGUUGAUGGACCCAGAACUUCAGGAGCUAUUCAAUGAACUGAGUAAUAUUUCCGUGCCCCCCAUGAGUGACCUUGAAUUAGAAAAUAUGAUAAAUGCCACCAUCAAGCAAGAUGAACCAUUUAACAUUGACCUUGGUCAGCAAAUCCAGAGAGGGCCCGCAGCCCAAUCAUCUUCCCUGCAGAUGGAUAAAAUGGUGAUCAAGCAAGAGUAUUCACCAGGGUUGAACCAAGCUUCAGUGGGAUCACCUCAGAUGAGGCCUCCUUCUACAGACUCAGCUUUCACCAUGUCUGGUGCUGCUAUGCCCACCUCAUCUCCAAUUCCUUCAGUACCUCAGGCUCAGAUUCCUCCUUCUCAAGGGACUUCAGUCCCCCCUCGGCCAUUGGCCAACUGGCAAGAAGUUUCUCAUGCCCAGCAAUUGAAACAAAUAGCAGCGAACAGACAACAGCACGCUCUGAUUCAGCAGUGCCAGCAAAGCCAGUCAGCAGCACCCUGGCCUGCUUUGUCAUCUACAGAACCAUCUUCUGGAACAUUUGUCCAGGAGAAGAUGCCUAGCCCAUCCUUCCACCAGCAACAACAGUUCAGUCCACAAAGUUCUGCAAUGUCUGGGAUCCCGGUCAAUGGGACUCCAUCAAAAGGAAUGAGCAGUUACACCUACCGGCCAAACUCCAUGCUCCAGGGAAGCUCUGUCAACAUUGUAAUGCCACGAAAGCCUCAAGACAUCCCCAGAAGUUAUGGAAGCAACAGCCAGGUGUCACUGGAGGAACCUCAGAACAGUAUCAAGCCUUUGUUUCAUUUCAGCUCAGAGCAAGCCAACAAGCAGAUACCUUCUGCUUUGGGACCCCCAAAUAAGCCUUCCCUUCUCCACUAUGCACAGCAGCCACCCCAGCAGCUGUCUAGCUCAGCAGUUCAGCCACAAACGUCACAGCAGCAGCAGCAGCAGCAUUCUGCCCAACCUCUCCAAGUCCAGCAUCUCCAAAGACCCCCGAACAUACCCUUAGCUUUACAGCAAAAGAUCAUGCUCCAGAAAAUGCUACAAAACCAGCCUGGUUCAGGACUGCAAUAUCUGAGCCCACAGAAUCAGCUGGAUCAACAUACUGUCUUGGGUCAAAGUGGAGGCCCCAACCCAGGAUCUGCCACGUGCACAAAUGCAAACACUGGAAGCACCUACAUCAACUCAUCACAACAAGCGUUGCUGAAUCAGCAGCUCAAACAACAGUUUCUCCUUCAGCAGCACCACCACCAGCAGCAAAUACUAACAGAAGCAGAGAAAGUAACCCCUCAAGAUCAACUGAAUAGAUACCUUACAAGACCACCACCAGAUUAUAAGGACCAAAGAAGGGGCCAAGUCAGUGUGCAGCAAACACACCAAUAUUCAGGUGGAUCACCAGCUGUGAGCAUCAACUCCAACCUGUGUUUCUCCAACCCCAUUUCCAGUCCUAGCAUUUUGCCACAGCCAUCUAAUCUCUUGUCCACAACUCAUGGAACCAGGAUGCCUUCUCUUCCAGCAGGUCACCACAUCAGCUGCUAUGGGAACAUUCCCUGCAGUCAACCAAAUGCGUAUAAUGUGGCAACGUCAGGAGUGAGCCAAGUUCCACAGCACAGAAAUCUAAACCCAACUGUAACCAGUCAAAGCAACUCUGCAGUAUCUCGGCCAGCACCACCUGGACAAGGAAAUAACAUGCCAACCUUUGACAGUGGCUUGGGAGUUAACUCCCAGCAAGGGAAACUCAGCUUGAACCAGGGGACUUCAGCACAAAGACCUUCAAAUGUGAUGGUCACCUCAAAUGCUGCAGCUCAGAGCUGGGUUUCUCCGGAAACAGGAUCAAAGCAACAGGAAACACAGAGGGCUUCAGGAUCCCCUUUCCCAUCUGGAAGCUCCUAUACGAACCAGCCACUACAGCGCACAGCUGCCCUCCAGCAGUUUCCUCAGCGUGCCAUGGUGCCUCCUAACCAACUGGGCACUAUCCAGAUGAGAACGCCUGCAAGCCAAAUGAACCAAAGUUUAAAUGGGCAAAUGGCUGGGGCAUCCAAAUCCCAGAGUGCAAUGCCUACCCAAUUACGGGCAGAGGCUGUGGCACACUUAAAUCCACCCAGGGUGGGGAUGACACCACCCCACCCCUUGUCAUCAAACCAGUUCUCAUCAAGUACUACCCAAAUGUCCACCAGGGCUUUUCAAGGAACAGAUCACUCCAGUGAUCUAGCAUUUGACUUUCUGAACCAGCAAGGAGAUAACAUUGGGCCGGCACUCAAUAGUGAUCCGGACUUCAUCGAUUCUUUGUUAAAAACAGAGCCUGGUAAUGAUGAUUGGAUGAAAGACAUCAACCUUGAUGAGAUAUUAGGAGGCCAUUCCUGAGGCAGCUAACAAUUAUUAACUCCUGGUUUCUUUUUAUUAUUAUUAUUGUUUUUUUUAAGGCUGAAAAGUCAGGAUAUCACUCUUCAGUUUGUAGAAAACAAAAGUUAGGGGAGGGUGGAAGCAAAACAGUGAGCUGUGGAUCCAAACUUAAGCACUUGGAUGCAACCAUGCUUAUAUAACUUGUCCCAUUAUCAAGUAUGCCAGGGAUGGUGAAGUUUGGAUCCAUAAUUUCCAAAUAGUUGAUGGGGUUCUGAAUGAUAAAGGAGAUCAAAGAAAUGGCUAUUCAUCAUCUAAGCAAAUCCUAAAUAUGUAGGCUAAUAUUUACAUCUACAGUAUAACACAAAGGAGAGACCCAGGAAUAUGCACGGCAUCAAAAAUAUACCUGCUGAUAUCCACUAAUGAUUUUCAUGUGUAUCUGUGUGUGUGUCUGUAUGUGUACAAAUACAAAUACAAAUCUGGCUGGGAAAAAUAAACAGAAAGCAGAAAAGAACACCCAACACAAAAAGCGUAGUCUUCCCUAACAUUGCAUGUUCCAAAUGUGUUUUGAUCAGAAUUAUUACCAUUUUCAUUCAGUGCAUCAUGUGAAUUGUAGUCUAGAACAUCUGGAGCAUACCAAUUUAAGGAAGCAGGUUUAG